GUCGCGACGAGGGCCCUCCGAUUGGCCGGUCGGUUCCAUGAAAAGCCGGUCUCAGGCGGGCCGCAUGCAGCGAUGGCUUGGAUCUUUGACUUGUGGGUGGUGUCGCUGCUCUCCGCGUUGGCGGAUCCCGUUCCCGAUGGUGUCCUGGACAUGGAGUGUCACGAUAGGUCCUUCGUGAUAGCUGUGGACCUCUCGUUCGCCGGGGACGACGCUCGCUUCGAGGCCGUCGACGGGACGGGCGCGUACGCCAUCACUGAGCCGUACGCGGCCAAGUGCGGCUACACGGUCACAGUCUCCCAGCCGAGCGGCCUCGUGGAGCUGCGCUCGUCCUACUUCAGCUGUCACACGGACAAGCAGGAUGAUCGAGUGUUCACGUUCAGCUUCAAGCUGUUGGUGAAACGCGAGGGGGAUGCGGUCUACACGUUGAACAAGACCUGUUCUCCAGCCCUGGCGUGGUCUCCUCGAGAGGUCUCCUGCGAGCUCAACUACAUGGAGGUGUUGGUCAAGAGCCAAGUCUCGUGUGCUGCCGGGAAAAAGGACGACAACUGGAACAUUCUCAGACAUGCGCACAACUCGUCCACUUCAGACUGGCAGGUGAUGUUCCAAAGGGACGAGGAGGAGAUUGCACCGAUGAGCCUCUCGGACGCCCGCAAGCAAGGCUACGCGUUUGAGGUGACCGACGGCAGGUUCAUGUUCCGCGCCCCCUACGGACAGCCAGAUUCGUUCAUUGCCAUGGUGAACAACAUCCCGGUCGAGGUGGUCCACGCCACGCUGUUCUCCAGACAACGCUGGUUGGUCAUCAUGGUGGACCUGGUGGCUGCAUGCUCCACACACCAGGGCGCUUACGAGGACGGCGGCCACGUGGUUUUCAAGACUCCCGAGGCGCCCUAUCCCGGUCCCGAUGUCACACGGAUCCGUGUCGGGUUCGACGGCGCCGACGUGGUGACUGAGAACGAGACGGUCCAAAUUAGAAUUCCCUUGGACAUCAAGGGUGGACUCAGGAAGAGCUUUGCGAGCGGCGGUCUCUACGAGUUCUACACUUUCCAUCUCGACCUGGAGCAAAUGUUUGAGGACGACGGGGCAGAGACCAGGCUGCGCCUUCGCCGGAUUCUGACCACGCCCCUACUGCCGCGCCCUCUUUUUACCCAAAACCGAAGCGUCGUCGAGGAGCGGCUCUUCCAGGUCUACCUGGGCGACGUGCCAGAGGACGUCCGCUUGGUUUCGCUCCGGCUCAACGGGCGCGAGGCGCCGUUCACCAACUCGUGUUCGGUCGCCGACGUCGCGCAACCCGCCCACGGCCACGGGUACUUGCUGAACGUAUCAUUUGACGAUCCCGCCGUCACCCAGCAGUACUACGAAGUGUACCGAACUCUGCAGUACAGUGUGGACAUCAACUACACGCUGAGUGUUCUGCCAGAAAACGAGCUCUACUACCACUCUGUGAGAGUCACGGCACUGGCUGGCCCCUCUCCUCCAGUGCUGGAUGCGGUCUGCUCGGAGUCGGGCAUCCGCUUCAACGCGGACCGCUGGGCUUUCGACUUCCUGUGGUCCAUCGGCGUGGGCUCUGUCACCCUGACGCCAGAGCUGGCAACGCAGCGGGGCUACAAGAUGAGAAACGAUAGUCAGAGACUGCAGCUGGACGUGCCGGUCUACUCUCAAGGCUUUCGCUACGAGGAAAUCACCCUGAAGCGGUUCUUGGGCACUUUUGAGAUCCUUAUAAAAGAGCGUCUAACAUCGGCUGUUCAGAGAUCCAUUACAAAGACUUGUCCUUUUGUGACCUCUGAACUUAUUGUGUGUUCAACUGACGGGAGGAUGACCGUGGUGGCCGACUUGUCUCUGAUGACCCCGAGCGGCGCGACCCCGUCCACAAGCAACCUACUGGAUGUUUUCUGCGGCCCCGCAGAGGCAGAUGACGCCAGGGCGCUUUUCUCUUUCCCGCUCAAUAGCUGUGGCUCCAAAGUCAAGCUCAGCAAGGGUAACGUGAUUUAUCGCAACGAGAUUUUCUACAGCAAGAAUUCGGAUGACUCAGAGGAGGCCAAUGAGAGGUUGGUGGUGCAGUGCUCGUAUCCUCUGGAAGGCCUCCACCGGCUCUUCUCCACGUACAGGUUCGAGUCGGACGACCCGGGCACGGGUAGCAUCUCCAGCGGGCGGCUCACGGCAGGAUUCCGUGCCGCGGCUCUACGCGGUCCCGUCGCCACCGCGAGAGCGCUCCCCACGCCGCCGAAGACGACUGCCGCGAGGACCGCCGCGGCUCCGGUCCGGAAGCGUCUGGGCUCCAAUCCCGGUGUGCACUACAUCCGGGUGUCCAAACAUGGCAAACCUCACCCUGAUGUUCGAAAAGGUUAAGCAACCUUAAGUUGGUCAAAUUGUCCUCCUGCAAUAAAACGCCAAACUGUUAAAUUUCUUCACACGAGCGAAAGGAUG